AUCGCGACGACAACUCCAACAACCACCAUAAUUUGACGACCAUUUGGAUUCUUCUGCGACUUGCAACACAAAAUCAAAUUUAAUCAGCAUUUGGCUCAUGAUUGCAGAUCAUCUUCAAGAUGGCUGAUCAACCACCAGCAAUGCAACAUGAGGACUCUAUCAGCUCGCAGGAUCCUCAUUUACACGGGGACAAAGGCAAAACAAAGAGUAGAAGGCCAGCAAGUCAGGAACCCACGAUCUGAUGCUAGAAAGUUGGCAUACUGACUAUUAUUUGCGAUCAAUAGAUACAGCAUUUAGACAACAAAGAUUGAAGGCAUGGCAGUGAGUAUACGCUUGGGAAUGAUUGCGCGAAGAUGAAGCUGACACGAUGCUAGACCUAUUCUCACACCUAAAACCGUACUUCCAUUAUUCUUCGCCAUUGGAAUAAUAUUCGCGCCGAUUGGUGGUGGGCUAUUAUACGCUAGUAGUGUGGUCAGUAAAUAAAGCACGAUUUCUAAAAUAGUAGUUUUGAUCAAGGUCAUAACUGAUGUUUCGGAAUAGGUCCAAGAAGUUGUACUCGAUUAUUCGACAUGUCAUACAGAUGCGCCAAUUUGCCAAAGCUCUGUCGAUACCGGAAGCCUCAUGCCUUCUGAUAAUGUCGAUAUGUUUUUCAAAAAACCACAUGAAUAUGAAGGAACUGCUCCAGAAUGGUGUAGGCAAAAAAUCAAUCAAACAUACUACAACGGUAGUGUCGCGCACGCCACUGUCCCGGCUGUACAAUGUCGGCUCACAUUUCCAAUUAAAUCCCCGAUGGAACCUCCUGUUCUGUUCUACUACAAGCUCACCAACUUUUAUCAAAACCAUCGACGAUAUGCCAAGUCCUUCGACUCCGAUCAGCUUUCCGGUAAAGCCGUUUCAGCGAGUACUAUCCACUCUAGCGAUUGUACGCCACUCACGACCGUAAAUGACAAUGGUGUCGAAAAGCCAUAUUAUCCAUGUGGUCUAGCUCCAAAUUCCGUGUUUAACGAUACAUUCUCAUUUCCAAUCCUACAAAAUGUCGCGGGUGGAAGUUCCGCAAAUGGUACGAUAUAUCACAUGAAGAAUAAUUCGGAUGUGUCAUGGAGUAGUGAUAGAGCACUGUAUGGUCCAACAAAAUACAACUGGUCGGAAGUCAUUGUUCCUCCAAACUGGGUAGAACGAUAUCCAAAAAAUUAUAGUGAUGAAUAUCACCCCGAUCUUGAGAACGAUGAAGCAUUCCAAGUAUGGAUGAGAUUGGCUGGGUUGCCAACAUUCAGUAAAUUGGUACAAAGGAAUGAUGAUGAUACCAUGAAAACUGGACAAUAUCAAGUUGAAAUUAUACAUCGUAAGUUUGAGACCUCUGGGCAUUUUUCAAUUUUUGGAUUUUCCUUAACAAUUUACAGUUUUCAACGUUACCGAAUACGGCGGAACCAAAUCUAUCAUUAUUUCAACUCGUACUGUCAUGGGUGGCAAGAAUCCUUUCCUAGGUAUCGCGUACAUUGUUGUAGGAGGUCUCUGUAUCCUACUCGGCGCACUCUUUACCGUCACGCAUCUUAUCAGGCCAAGAAAACUCGGUGAUCACACAUAUUUGAGUUGGAAUAAUGAUAACCCAUCGACGGCGACUACGAGUGGGCGUGAAAUGGGAGGAAAUAUGGGUUAGAUCUUUACUCAGUUUAGACUAAGAAGGGGACGUGUAAAAUAGCGAUGGAUGAUGAGAUAUGAGGCAGGGGUUGCUGUAUUCGAACAUUUUCUUCUUUAUCAUUGGGCAUUAUGGCGUCUACGUAUUAUGAAAUUUUUUCUGUGCUACUUUUGAGAGCAUUCUGCGAUUCGAGGAAAAGUGGAUGGAAGGAAGGCCUUUUGAACUGGAAUAAGAAUAAGGGAUCAAUGGAUGCUAUGGAUAUUUUAUGUUUUUUUUUCCCUCUUUCUUUUUUCUUUCUUUGGAUUAGAAAGUAAUUUAUUGCCUUGAAAUUGAUUGUUGUGUGUUAAAUUUAUGUUGAUUAAAAGGCGUAUUGU